AAUCGCCGUUUUAUUACAUAAUAAUUCUAUAAAACAGUAAACAAUUAUCUUUGAAAAACAAUACAAACAAUAUUAUUCAGUAGAAGGAAGAGAUUAAGCUGUCUAAAAUUGAUUUUUAAAGAAGUAAGCUUUGAACAUGGCGUUGAGAUCGAUCUGCCGGCUGUCAAUUGAUUCGACCUUCAGCCAUUUGAGCCAUUUGGGAGCCACCGCCCGGCCGAGACGAUCGUCUUUCGCAUUGCUCGUACGAAGUUUUGCCGUUAUUGCAGAAGAAAUGGGUUUGCCGCGAGUUUUCUUCGAUAUGACCGCGGAUACUAAGCCUGUGGGUCGUAUCGUAAUGGAGUUAAGGAGUGAUGUUGUCCCAAAAACUGCAGAAAAUUUCCGAGCCCUUUGUACUGGUGAGAAGGGUUUUGGUUAUAAAGGAAGCAGCUUCCAUAGAGUGAUCCCAAAUUUCAUGUGCCAAGGAGGUGAUUUUACUAACCAUAAUGGCACUGGUGGCAAAUCUAUUUAUGGUGUGAGAUUUGAUGAUGAAAAUUUCACAUUGAAACAUACUGAACCUGGUAUUCUUUCCAUGGCUAAUGCUGGUCCAAACACUAAUGGUAGUCAGUUUUUCAUUACCAGUGCCAAAACAAGUUGGCUUGAUGGCAAACAUGUUGUAUUUGGAAAAGUUGUUGAAGGAAUGGAUGUUGUUAGAAAAUUGGAGGCUAUGGGAUCUCAAAGUGGAAAAACUUCCAAAAAGAUUGUAAUAACUGACUGUGGAGAAAUGUAGAUUGUUCAAUUAGAUACUCUAAUGACUGCAUUUUUAUUUAGCUGUUGCAUACAACUGUUGCUAUCUUUAUUGUAUGAUUCAUUCAUUCUAAUCAUCGCCGCCAUUUUUCUUUAAUAUUAUGGAUUGAGUUUCAUAUAAAAGAAAAAAAUGUAUAAUUUUUAAAUUAGAAUUAACAAAUCAGCUGCAUUGUACAAUCUUUCAUCAUAAAUAAUUGAAGUUGGAAUACGUAAUGAAAUAGAAUUUAUUAAUAUGAAUUUUUGGUUUGUUUUUUUAUUAUAAAAAAUCGUUCAAUUUCUCAUUCAUCAUUACCUGUAAUAAGCAACAUUCUUCUAAUCAAAGUAAUAUAAAACAAAUGAACAAAAUUUAGAUCCAACAUUCUUCCAUGAAAUAUUUCUCCUUUAAUGAUAUUAAAUUAUAUAGCACACUAAAUGUGUAUAGAUGAAUCGUGCAUUUCAUAAAAUAAUUCUUCUAUAUGUCCUACUCAUAUUUUAGUAUCCAAUCAGGAUAAAAUUCGUAAGCAAGGUCCAUAAUUAGUGUUACAUGAUUGCUGUACAAUGCAUUUAUCUGUGACGUUACGGAAUAUUUUAACUUUUCUAUUGUGCUUUUAUACUUAGACCCAUCAAAAUAAUGCUCAUGUUAUCUAGGGCAUUAUUCGUUUUUAUAUGUAUACACCAUUCCUUUUCUAAGCACACAAGAUAAUAGAGAUUUGAUUAGUGUAAACUGUAAUAUCAGAUAAUGCCUUUAGGUAAUUCCAUCUUAUUUUGAUGUAACACAAAUGUUGAAAGAUGUAGUUUCAACGGUCACAGUAAUUGGGAUUUCUAUAAAAUAAAAUUGUUUUCAGAACUAA